AUGGUGGAGUUCAGAUCGUGUGGCAAAGUUGCAGUGAAGAACUCCAGCUGCGUGACCACCUUCAUGAUGAUGGGCCUCUCUGAUCGACAUAACCUGCAGGUUCUGCUCUUUGUUCUCUUUCUUUGUAUCUACAUCGUGGCUCUGGUUGGAAACAUGGCCAUCAUUGCUGCCAUCCUUUCUUAUCACAAGCUUCACACACCCAUGUAUUUUUUCCUUUUUCACUUGGCUGUAGUGGACAUCAUCUGUACUUCCACCAUCAUUCCAAAGAUGCUAGAGAACAUUGCAACUCUCAGUAAGAGCAUCUCCUAUUCUGGCUGCAUAGCUCAGCUCUAUUCAUUCACAUGGUGUUUGGGUGCUGAAAUGGUGCUCUUCACUGUCAUGGCUUAUGAUCGCUAUGUAGCGAUAUGUCAUCCCUUGCAUUACACCAUCAUGAUGAACAAGAAGGUAUGCAUGUGUCUUUCCACAGUGGUGAUUCUUAUAGCCAUUAGUAACUCAUGGGUUCACACUGGCCUGAUCAUGAGGCUUACCUUCUGUGGGCCCAAUGGUAUCAAUCACUUCUUCUGUGAGAUUCCCCCACUUCUGGCUCUCUCCUGCAGCCCAGUAAGAAUAAAUGAAGUCUGGGUCUUUACUGCAGAUAUUUUCCUAGCCAUGGGAGACUUCUUGCUGACAUGCUUAUCUUAUUGCUUCAUUGUUAGGACAAUCCUAAAAAUCAAGACCUCCGAAGGGAAGAAAAAGGCCUUCUCCACCUGCUCUUCUCAUCUUAUAGUUGUGUCCUUAUAUUAUUCCACUGUCAUCUAUACUUACAUACGCCCAGCCUCCAGCUAUUCAUUUGAUAGGGACAAGGUAGUUGCUGCCCUGUACACCCUGGUUACACCAACUCUAAACCCUAUAGUCUAUACUUUGAGAAAUAAAGAUGUAAAGACAGCCCUCAAAAAAGUAUUUUUUAUAAGAUGA